AUGUCCCAAUACACAAUCCCCAGCAAAGGCAUCGUCGCCUACGAUCAACACACAUGGAAACUCGAAAAACUCCUCACUCGAGAGCCACAAGAAGAUGAAUUCCUGAUCGAAAUGAUCGCGACAGGCGUCUGCCACACAGAUAUCUCAGGUUAUGGCGGGAUAUAUCCUCGUGUACUGGGCCACGAAGGUGCAGGACGAGUGGUGAAACUGGGAUCAAAAUCUCAAGAGAAGAACUUCAAGGUCGGAGAUCUAGUCAUCUUGUCUGCUGCUGCGUGCUUGGAAUGCUUGUAUUGUACGACAGGACAUCCGGCUUAUUGUGUCGAGCAUGCGAAGUUGACGUUGCAGGCUAAUGAGCCGAUCUUUGUGCUGGAAAGCGACACGAGUAAGGUUAUUGGUGGUGGAUAUUUUGGACAGUCGAGUUUUGCUUCUCCGACGCCGGUGAAGGUCUCGGCAGCUGCGAAUGUGACCAAGUUGAUGAGGGAUGCCGACGAAUUGAAGUUGUAUGCGCCAUUGGGGUGCGGGAUUAUGACUGGAGCAGGAGCGAUUACGCAUGUGGGAAAGUGUGGCCCGGACGAUGUGGUAGCGGUCAUUGGACUCGGUGGUGUCGGCCUGGCGGGUAUCUGUGCAGCAGUAGAGAGAAAGGUUGGGACAAUUAUUGCAGUUGAUAUCAACCCUGGAAGAGUGGAACUCGCGAGUGAGCUUGGAGCUACGAAGGGACUAUUGUCGACGAAAGAAGCGUUGGGCGAGAAGAGCCUAGCGGACGCGAUAAAAGAGAUGAGCCCGCAAGGCCUUGGAGCAACAGCGUUCCUGGAUACGACGCCGAGUGUAGCUAUCCUGAACGAAUGUCUCGGGGCAAUCAGGAAGAACGGCACGGUCUUGCAGGUCGGUGUGAAGCCGGUAGAUGCAAAGCUCGAAGUGGACUGUUUGCAACACAUGGUCAAUGGGAGAAGGCUGGUCGGCGUUAUUGAAGGCGACAGGGACCCGGCGGAGGCGCUGCCAGAACUGGUGCAAUGGAGUAAAGAUGGCAUUCUGCCAGUAGGAAAGAUGUUCAAAGAAUUCCCUCUAGAGCAAUUUGAGGAGGCAAAGAAGAAGAUGGAAGAGGGUAGUGUGAUCAAGGGUGUCUUGAUCUGGUAG